ACCAGGAACGCGAGAAGAGGCCACGCCAUGCGCCCCUCCGCGGCGUCCCGCACGGGCCUGCUGCUCCUGCUGACCCUCCAGAGCUGUGCUGCGUACAAACUGGUCUGCUACUACACCAGCUGGUCCCAGUACCGCGAGGGUGCCGGCAGCUGCUUCCCAGACGCCAUCGAUCCCUUCCUCUGCACCCACAUCAUCUACAGCUUCGCCAACAUCAGCAACGACGAGAUCGACACCUGGGAGUGGAACGACGUGACGCUCUACGACACACUGAACGCACUCAAAAUCAGGAACCCCAACCUGAAGACCCUCUUGUCUGUCGGAGGAUGGAACUUCGGUUCCCAAAGGUUUUCCAAAAUAGCCUCCAACAGCCAGCGCCGCAAGACGUUCAUCAGAUCGGUGCCGCCGUUCCUGCGGACCCACGGCUUCGACGGGCUGGACCUAGCCUGGCUCUACCCUGGCCGGAGGGACAAGCGGCAUCUCACCACUCUGCUCAAGGAAAUGAAGGCCAAGUUUGUGCAGGAAGCCCGGAAGGGCCCGGGGCGGCUGCUCCUCAGCGCCGCGGUGUCUGCCGGGAAGGUGGCCCUGGACAGAGGCUACGACGUUGCCCAGCUGGCCCAACACCUGGACUUCGUCAGCCUCAUGACGUACGACUUCCACGGAGCCUGGCACCAGGGCACCGGGCACCACAGCCCCCUGUUCCGCGGCCAGGGGGUGGCCAGUGCCGACAGGUUCAGCAACGCUGACUACGCCGUGGGCUACGUGCUGAGGCUGGGCGUCCCGGCUGGGAAGCUGCUGAUGGGCAUCCCCGCCUUUGGGAAGAGCUUCACGCUGGCCUCCUCAGAGACAGGCGUGGGGGCCCCCAGCUCCGGGCCGGGGGCACCGGGCCGGUUCACCAGGGAGGAAGGGAUGCUGGCCUACUAUGAGGUCUGCGACUUCCUCCGAGGAGCCAUGGUGCACAGACUCCCCGGCCAGCAGGUCCCCUAUGCCACCAAGGGCAACCAGUGGGUGGGGUACGACGACCAGGAGAGCGUCCGAACCAAGGUGCGGUACCUGAGGGACAAGGCGCUGGCUGGCGCCAUGGUGUGGGCCCUGGACCUGGACGACUUCCGGGGCACCUUCUGCGGCCAGAACCUGCCCUUCCCGCUCACAAGCGCCAUCAAGGACGCCCUCGCGGCGGCGGCGUAG